CUCAUCAUUAGAUCUACUGUUUGGGCAUACAGUAUGUGCUGUGCUAUAGCUUGAGUGCACGUGUAUAUAUUCCCUUCGAAUUAGAUGUUUUUCGGCGCAUGCUCUUCAGUGAUUGAAAAUAUUUGUUGUUAUCUGCUGUGUGUGUUUAAUAGUAGGAGAAAAUUGUUCACAGAUGCUCGUGGAUUUUAUCAUUUUGAAUUUACAAUGGCGUAUGGACCAGUUCCUGUGAAUAGAAAGGUAGAAUUUCGGAUCCCUCUGAUCCCCAAGUAUCAGCGCUGUCUGAGAUGUGGAGACGAUUGCCCGGGUCUCGAGCUUCAUUACUGGAGAAAAAUAUGCAAACACUGCCGCUGCUCUAGAGAGGACCACGAUCUCCAUGGAAACGAGAGCGAUGAUGGUCAGCCAAUCGGAAUGCUUCUUGAUAGUAUUCCUCGGCCCACGGGUAGUGUCCACGUGAUCAGUGAACAGCGAAUACCCGAUACCCAAAACUGUGUUACCUCCAUAACAUCCAACAACUGUCGCGUGUCUGGGAGUACUGGGACAGCCUACGUUGAUGACCCAAAAACACUGACUGAUAUACAUGGGUCAGAAACAGACAUUGUUCUAUCGCGAGUCAUUGCAGAAAAUAUACGAUCACAGAAAUACAUCUCCAUGAUGCCGCCAGACAAACAGCUGUUCGCGGCCCAGCUGAGGAGGAGGCAGCUUCAAAAACAACUCCCCCUUCACGACCUUCACCCCAAGUUCUGCAGCAGUCUGACCGAGAGCGAACUCGCCAAGUUCCACAAGUUCUGUAACAAGCGACGGCUGAGGGCUGCCGGGGUGGGUCAGGUCAUGGAAGUUAAAGAGGCGACCAACUUUCGAUGUCAUCGAUGUAUUAAAAACAUAACAUCCGGGGGAUUCUGCGUCACGGCGGCUCAUCUAGGGUCAGGCACGGGGUGGCACCCGGGCUGUUUCACCUGUGCUACCUGUAACGAGCUUUUGGUGGACAUGAUAUACUUCUGUAGGAACGAGGAGAUAUACUGCGAGAGACACUACGCAGACACAAUAUAUCCUCGCUGUGCGGCGUGCGACGAGAUAAUCCUUGCACGUGAAUACACGCAAGCUGAGAAACAGACUUGGCACGUGGAACAUUUCUGCUGCUGGAAUUGUGAUGCGCCCCUAGCGGGCCAGAGGUACAUAGCAAAGGACGGCAACCCCUUCUGUAUGAUCUGCUUUGACACACUUUACAGCAAGUCUUGCAACUCGUGCAGAAGAACCAUCACGGCGGACUCCCCCGGGCUUUCACACGGGGACUUCCACUGGCACGCCUGUCCCCACUGCUUCAGCUGUAGUGGGUGUGGCAGCAACCUCAUCAACCAGCAGUUUUUGCUCAAGGACGGACAACUCUUCUGUUCCGUGGACUGUAAACAGAGAACGAUGCUCAGCUGGACCCAGAACGGACUCCAAAACUUACACAUUCACUGACCAAACGCAACUGUUUAUCAUAUAGAUUAUAUAGAAUAAAUGAAAAGGGACGCCAUUGUGAUACUAUUUUUAUAAUGGAGGACGGGUUGUGCUCGAUUGGAAUUUAGUUUAGCAACACAGACAAGCUGAAGUCGGAAUAAUAAAGUCGAAAACAACUUCCGUUUGCCUGCAUGAAUUACAUAUUUAUGACUAAGUUGUGAUGAGCAUCUGCUAAAUAAUGCAACGUAUAAAUAAUAGAGA